AUGGACAAGCUUAAACAAAGCGCAACCAGGCAUCAGAGAGAUGAGAGAUUCGAAGAUAAGGCUUACCUGUCGGAGACAAGUACGGUGCUUCUCAAAUGCGGCGAGGAUGAUGAGAAAACUGACACUCGUUUGCACAGAAUUCAGGUACGAAUUCUCAAUUUGCUUUUCCCGUUUCUUCUCUUCUUCUUCGCUUAUUUUUUUGCCGCUACUUACGCUUUGACUCCUUUAUCUUCUACCAAUGAGUUCAAGUACAAACCUGUAUACUUUCUGACUUUGAGUUUAACCUUCAACUCUUCUUUCCUCUAUCUGUAUUCUCACUUCUACCGAUUGUUGUUGCAGACUCGAAAUGAUGUCGUAGAACAACGAUAG